UUCAAAUCUCACUCUCAUCCCGCUCUCCUCCCAUUUCAGACCAGUAGAGAGCGAGAGAGAGAGAGAGAGAGAGAAGCAUUUGGGGAAGCGGAUCUACUACAAGUGAGCCCAUCAUAGGUGUGACCGAUUCUCCGUCGCCUUCUCGCCACCGCAUCAGAAUGUCCGGCCGCCACGAGAAAGAGAAGGGCGUUAACGUCCAGGUCCUUCUCCGUUGCAGGCCGUUUAGUGAGGAUGAGUUGCGGAGCAAUGCCCCGCAGGUUAUUACUUGUAAUGAGUACCAGAGGGAAGUGGCCGUGUCUCAGAACAUUGCCGGAAAACACAUCGAUAGGGUUUUCACUUUCGAUAAGGUUUUUGGUCCUAAUGCUCAGCAAAGAGAUCUUUAUGAUCAAGCUGUGAUUCCAAUAGUGCACGAAGUCUUGGAAGGCUUCAACUGUACCAUUUUUGCGUAUGGGCAAACUGGUACCGGUAAGACAUACACAAUGGAGGGUGAAUUCAAAAGGGCAAAGACUGGGCCUAAUGGAGAAUUGCCUCCCGAGGCUGGAGUUAUUCCAAGGGCUGUCCAGCAGAUUUUCGAUACCCUUGAGGGCCAGAAUGCAGAGUACAGUGUGAAAGUCACUUUCUUAGAGCUUUACAACGAAGAGAUUACUGAUCUUCUUGCUCCAGAGGAACUUAAUAGAGUUUCUUUGGAAGAUAAGCAGAAAAAGCAGCUGCCUCUGAUGGAGGAUGGGAAAGGUGGAGUCCUUGUAAGAGGUUUGGAGGAGGAAAUUGUGACAAGUGCGAAUGAGAUUUUUACUCUUCUCGAAAGAGGGUCUUCUAAACGUCGUACUGCUGAAACUUUAUUGAACAAGCAGUCAAGUCGGUCACAUUCUCUCUUUUCCAUCACCAUACACAUUAAAGAAGCAACCCCAGAAGGUGAAGAGCUGAUCAAAUGUGGAAAGUUGAAUCUGGUUGAUUUGGCCGGCUCAGAAAAUAUUUCUCGUUCGGGUGCUCGAGAGGGUCGUGCAAGGGAAGCCGGAGAAAUCAACAAAAGUUUACUGACUUUAGGGCGAGUAAUCAAUGCCCUGGUGGAACAUCUUGGGCAUAUCCCAUACAGGGAUAGUAAGCUAACACGAUUACUUCGGGAUUCACUUGGAGGAAGAACAAAGACCUGCAUCAUAGCUACAGUAUCGCCUGCUGUGCACUGUCUUGAGGAAACCUUGAGUACGCUGGAUUAUGCACACAGAGCGAAAAAUAUAAGAAAUAAACCUGAGGUGAAUCAAAAAAUGAUGAAAUCAACUCUUAUCAAGGAUCUUUAUGGUGAAAUUGAACGGCUUAAGGCAGAGGUGUAUGCUGCGCGUGAGAAGAAUGGUGUUUAUAUCCCGAAGGAGCGAUACUAUCAGGAAGAAAGUGAAAGGAAGUCCAUGGCUGAUCAGAUUGAGAACAUGGGGGUUGUAAUAGAAAACCAUCAGAAGCAAUUUGAGGAGUUGCAGAAUAAAUAUGAUCUCCAGGUUCGACAGUGUUAUGAAUUGAGUAGCAAGCUUGAUUCAACUGAGAAAACUUUGAACCAUACCACUAAGUUACUUUCUACCACUGAGGAAGAAUUGAUGAAAUGCCGGUAUGCUUUGAAGGAGAGGGAUUUUAUCAUUUCUGAGCAGAAGAAAGCUGAAAAUGCUUUGGCUCAGCAAGCAUGCAAUUUGCAAUCUGACUUGGAGAAAGCACUUCACGAUAAUGCAUCCUUGUUUCUAAAAAUUGGUAGAGAGGACAAGCUGAGUGCUGAUAAUAGGUUGGUAGUGAAUAAUUACCAGGAAGAUCUUGCCAAACAAGUUGGUUCUCUUUGCCAGAUUGUAGCAACAUCGAUGUCUCAUCAGAAUGAACACCUUCAGUGUGUAGAGAAUCUUUGUCAUUCUUUUUUGAGUGCACAUGUUAAGGCAAUUAUGGACAUGAAGAGUAAAUUGACAUCUUCAAGGACUUUGUAUCUUUCUCAUAUUGAGGCAGUGCAAAAUGUUGUGCGUUUGCACAAGGCGAGCUCUAAUGCUGGUCUAGAGGAAAUUUCAUGUUUGGCUUCUUCUAAUGUGCAGUCUGUUGAAGAAUUUCUAACUUCAGAGGCUGGUGAAGCAGCUACAAUAUUUGAGGAUCUUCAGAGCGGUCUCUCAACACAGCAGGGUGAAAUGACAGCUUUUGCUAAGGAAUUGAAACAGAGAUUCAAUUUGAGUAUUAAGCAAAUAAAAGACAUUUCUGAGUACUCUCAAGGAUUCCUACACAAGCUUUUGGAAGAAUCAAAGAGGCUUGAAGAUCAUGUGGGGCAGACCAAUGAUAUUAAAUUAAAUAGCAUUGCUGAAUUUCAGAAGGCUUAUGAGGAGCAAUCAAAAUCUGAUGCAGAGAAGCUUAUUGCUGAUAUCUCUAGUUUAGUCUCCAUUCACAUGUGCCGUCAGAAAGAGAUGGUGGAUGCCAAGCUUGUUGGUUUCAGAGAAAGUGCUAUUGCAGACAAGUAUUUCAUGGACGGUCAUGUUUCCUCCAUGGAGGGUAUUACCACAGACGCAAAAAGAAAAUGGCUUGAAUUUUCAAUGCAAGCAGAAAAUGAUGCUAAGGAUGGUGUUGACUAUUCUGCUGCUAAGCAUUGCCGCAUGGAGGUUAUUCUACAAAAAAGUGUAAGUACUGCUGAUACAGCUUUGGAGCACUGGAAAAAGACACAGGAGUCUGUGAAUGAUAUGGGAAAUAAACAUGUUUCAGCUAUGCUGUCACUUAUCAGGAAUGCUUCGGACAGUAAUGAGCAACAUGAUGUCGAGAUCAAUUCAGUGAGGGCUGCAGUUGAGCAAGAUGUGGCAAAGAAUACUGAUGAUCUCCUUCAGCAUGUUGAUAGUGUGCGUGAGCAGGAGCAGGAAUCCAUAUCUAAAAUCUUAGAGACUAUCAAGGCUCAUACAAACACCCUUGAGACUUUCCGGGAGAGUCACUCGGGCCAAGCUGUUUCAAUUGAGGAGAGGGCACGGGAAACCUUCCAGAACCAUUAUUUGGACUAUGAACCUAGUGGAUCUACGCCGGAAAAGUCUGAGCCGGAAGUUCCAAGCAAGGGCACCAUUGAGUCACUUCGAGCCAUGCCAAUGGAAGCUCUUGUGGAGGAGUUCCGGGAAAACAAUUCCUACGAGUCAUUCGAUGUGAAGGAGUUGAAACCGUCACUUAUACCUCGCACUCCGCUUACACAACUGAACUAAAUGUGGCGCGAUGAUCAUUGCUCGAUUACCCGCAUGAAAUGGAAUUUGUAUUUGUAUCAUUAUUUUACACUUUUUCUCGCUUCUGAGAAAUAUAAUGUAGCAGAGUGUAGUGGAAGUUGGGGGUGUAUGGUUUGCUCCUGGUGCAGUCGGUGUACCAAUAAAUCCUGUCUUUGGAUUUAGCAGUGUAGCUCGAUAUACGUAGGAAUUUAUAUUGGAGGCAGAAAAAACCUACAUCUGUUUAAUUUUUUUCAAUCAAUGGUGUUUUGUUCAACCA